AUGGAAGAGACAAAAUCAAGAUUCAAGAGGAUAUGUGUCUUCUGUGGAAGCAGUUCCGGCAACAAACCUUCUUACCAAGAAGCUGCCACUCAGCUGGGUAACGAAUUGGUGGAGAGAAAGAUUGAUUUGGUAUACGGAGGUGGAAGCGUGGGGCUUAUGGGUCUCGUCUCUCAGGCUAUAACCGGUGAAACCAUCGGAGAAGUUAAAGCCGUCGCUGAUAUGCAUCAAAGAAAAGCCGAGAUGGCUCGUCAGGCCAACGCCUUCAUUGCUCUUCCUGGUGGGUAUGGUACGUUGGAAGAAUUGCUGGAAGUCAUUACAUGGGCUCAACUCGGAAUCCACCGUAAGCCGGUGGGUCUUCUUAACGUGGAUGGUUACUACAACUCGCUGUUGACGUUUAUAGACAAGGCCGUGGACGAAGGAUUUAUAUCACCGAUGGCUCGUAGAAUCAUCGUCUCUGCACCAAACGCUAAAGAGUUGGUUCGACAACUCGAGGAAUAUGAACCGGAGUUCGACGAGAUAACGUCAAAAUUGGUUUGGGAUGAAGUGGACCGGCUCAGUUAUGUACCGGGUUCAGAGGUUGCUACGUGA